GAAGGACACAUGCAUUUGAAAGUAUAUAUAUUAUGAUAUUCAACUCCAACACUCCAAGGAGAGGUAUUGCCUUCCAAGUGACACGGCACAAGAAGACAACAAUUGGACAUACAGAGCCUUGAAGAAACUAACUCCAGGCAACACAACUGUGUGUCAAUGGCAGUUUCUCCAGCAGUGGGCUCCUUCGUUGCAGAGGACUAUGUGGUCUUUGCCCUCAUGCUGCUGGUGUCAGCUGCCAUCGGGGUCUACUACGCCAUCGUUGGCACGGGCCAGAGCAGCUCCAGGGACUUCCUGAUGGGCGGCCGCAGUCUGUCCGCUGUGCCCGUGUCUCUGUCCCUGACUGCCAGCUUCAUGUCUGCCAUCACGGUGCUGGCCACCCCAGCCGAGGUGUACCGCUAUGGGGCAAGCUUCGGCCUCUACAGCCUCUCCUAUGUCCUCAUGGUGGUGGUCAGCUCUGAGGUCUUCCUGCCAGUCUUCUACAGGCUGGGCAUUACCAGCACAUAUGAGUACCUGGAGAUGCGCUUCAACAGAGCCACUCGUCUGCUGGGUACUGUCCUGUUCAUUCUUCAGACUGUGCUCUACACUGGGAUAGUCAUCUACGCCCCAGCGCUGGCUCUGAACCAAGUCACUGGUAUGGAUCUUUGGGGCGCUGUCAUUUCUACAGGAGUGGUCUGCACGUUCUACUGUUCCAUGGGGGGUCUCAAGGCAGUGGUGUGGACGGAUGUGUUCCAGUUGGGCAUCAUGGUGGCAGGCUUCCUGUGUGUCAUCGUCAGGGCUGUGGUUCUUCAAGGAGGCUUCUCUGCCAUCAUGGCAGACUCAGACCUGGGAGGACGACUCAACCUCUGGGAUUUUGAUUUGAGUCCUCUGAAGAGGCAUACCUUCUGGACCAUCACGUUUGGAGGGGCGUUCGUCUGGACCAGCAUCUAUGGGAUCAACCAGGCCCAGGUGCAGAGAUACAUCUCCUGCAAGUCCAUCGCCCAUGCCAAAAUGUCCCUGUAUAUCAACCUGGUGGGACUUUGGGCCAUUCUGCUGUGCUCUGUGUUUGCGGGGCUGUGUUUGUACUCUGUCUAUAAGCACUGUGACCCCUUGACAGCCGGCUGGGUGUCUGCCCCAGAUCAGUUGAUGCCCUAUUUGGUGCUGGACAUUCUGAGAGACUACCCUGGCCUGCCAGGCAUGUUUGUGGCUGCAGCCUACAGUGGGACUUUAAGCACGGUGUCCUCCAGCAUCAACGCCCUGACAGCUGUUACUGUGGAGGAUCUGGUUAAACCAUACAUCCAGAUGUCAGAUAAACAUCUGUCCUGGACCUCUAAAGGCCUCAGCUUCUUCUAUGGGGCUCUAUGCAUUGGUAUGGCUGGUCUUGCCUCACUAAUGGGAGGACUGCUUGAGGCUGUCAUCAGCAUCUUUGGGAUCAUUGGAGGUCCUCUUCUAGGCCUCUUCACUCUGGGCAUCCUCUGUCCAUUUGCCAACUCCAAAGGAGCCCUGACUGGGCUGGUUUCCGGUUUGGUUCUGUCUCUGUGGGUGGGAAUUGGGGCCCAGUUCUACCAUCCUCUUCCUGAACAGAGCCGUCCUUUGGUUCUAACCACACACGGCUGUAACUUCACAACCGUUCCGGACGGAUUUAACUGGACUUCAACACCAACACAAUCAAGCCUCCUCGUGACACCGUCACAGGAGAGCCCUGGAUACAGGCCUCUCCUGGCAGACAGCUGGUACUCGCUGUCCUAUCUCUACUUCAGCCCCAUAGGGACUCUGACAGCCAUAGCUGUUGGACUUGUGGUCAGCCUCAUCACAGGUGACACGAAGUCUCGAACGGAAUCCAAACUGACUUUAACAAAAAAUGAUAUGACAUGCUACCGCUUAUUCAAACUCUUCCGAGAGAGGGCCACGAGACAAGCUGGCAACAUGCACCCCACCAAAAGUGAAGAGAGUAAAUGUGGCACCAACAAUCCUGCCUUCUAUAACAUCGAGUUGGACUACUAAAUGCUGUUGUAACAUGUUACACUGUGUUCCA